AUGGUCGAGCUCGACAAGGACGUCUUUGCGACUAUCCUAGCAUAUAUCCAGCACCCGCCAACCCUCCACACCCUCCUCCUCGCGUUCCCACAUUCGCACCCACUUGUUUUGGUAGUCUUUGACCGGUUGUGGCAGCUGCCCAUCAACCUCGACUCUUUCAGCCCAAGGGCCACAACAGCGUCAAAUGAUGUCCUCGACUACCUGCUCACUAUCCCCGCUGGGGAAACGGAGCCGCUCGCCCACCGCCUCCGCCAGCUUGUUGUUCGUCUCGAAGAUGAAUCGUUGGCGAGCCGUGAUCAGCCACAACCGGCGCCUGCCAGUGUUCUCGCCCUUCGGAGUAGAAUUGUGGAUCUCCUCGGGUCGUCUACAAACCUGCGCACAUUCGACUACCAUGGCUAUCCCGGCUUACGGUUGGAUUCAACCAUUUUGGAGCCAUUAGCAAAGCUGAAUCGACUGGAGCGAUUGGCUGUUGACUGUUCACGAUGCAGCAGCGCGCAAGGGGUUCCGGCCAGCGGCGCGGACUACGCGGCGCCUGGGGAGUUGAGUGCGACAUUUGACGCUGAUAUUUGGGACAUUGACGCAUUCACGACAGGCGUCGGUCCAUCGCUUUCCUCGUUGGAGCUCAGACACAUAAACUACACCGUGUUUGGAGGGAUGAAAACCAAGAUCGACGAAUUCAGGACCUACAACAAAUUGCGCGACCUCAAGCUUGACAUUACGGAGGGUGUGGUGGUGGUGGCUCGCCAGCUAUGGGAGCGUCUUCCGAGUUCGAAUUUCCCUUUCUCGGAUUCCCUUCCUUGGAGCUGGUUGUAUGCGAUAAGACCGUGUUUAUAG